GGUCGCUGUGAAGAACAAGGUAACAUAUAUAUACUUAUGUAAAAUUAUUUCAAGAUUUUCUAAAGUUUUGAUCUCAGUACUUCUCUGUCACGAGCCAGAUCAACAGCUUGUACAUAUACACUUCGAUUAUUUUCGUCCUUCCAUGCGUCCACCCUCGCCAUCGAUUCCAGAGAAGAAGUUUCUUUAUGAUGCUCUGAAGCAGUCUCUGCGACUGGACGGUCGCGAUAUGCUUGAUUUUCGAACGCCGACCUUCACUUUUGGCCCUGAACUAGGUUGGGUAGAAUGUGCAAUGGGCAAAACACGCGUAAUUGCACAAUUAGACGCCAAAAUGGUCAAACCGCUGCCAGAACGACCCUUUGAAGGCAUUAUUACAAUACAUUCUGAAAUCUCUCCUAUGGCGUCUCCGGACUAUGAACCUGGUCGGCCUUCAGAAGAAGAGGUCACCCUUACCCGCAUGUUGGACAAGGUCCUCCGAAGAAGUGACACUAUUGACAAGGAAUCUUUGUGCAUAUUGGCAGGUCAACGAGUCUGGCAAUUGCGAUUGACAGUUCAUGUCCUCACUGAUGCCGGUAACAUACUCGAUUGUUCAUGUCUCGCUGGCAUCGUAGCUUUUAAGCACUUCAGAAAGCCGGAAGUAGAAGUCAUUGGAGACGAAGUCAUCGUUCACUCGCCAUCUGAACGUGCACCCAUCUCGCUUGCAAUACAUCACACCCCUUUCUGUGUGACGUUCGCAUUCUUCCCGGAUGCAUUGACGCGACCCGUGGUGGACCCAUCUUUGCUUGAGCAGAGGCUGAGUGCAGGUUUGAUGAGCAUAGCGAUGAAUGCUCAGCGCGAGAUAUGUGUCCUACACAAAGCAGGGGGGGUUCCGACGGCACCAGAGGAAGUCCUACGAUUAAUUAACGUAACUUCCAUUCUGGUCAAAGAUCUUGACAAGCGGGUCGAGGCUAGGCUGCUGGAAGACUGGGAGGGUAGGACAGUUGAAGUGAGAUAGAUAGCUUUUAUCAAGGUUGCUUAACUUUUCACAAUAUUUGGUGCCUUAGCCAAGUAUUAUGUAAUUUUUGGGAAGAAAACUCAAAAAAAAAGAUCGUCAA